GCUGCUGUGUGGGUGACUGCGGUUGUUGACACUGCUCACCUACAGAGAUGGCUCCUCUUGCCGUCUAACAUUUAUUCUUGCUUUAAUGGCAAAAAGAUAACCUUAAAUUGUGUAUUUGUAACCGUGUCGCCAUGCUAAACCAGUCCUAAUACACCGUUUGGUCAUAGGGUGAUCCGUUUGCUGUCGCUAACGGCUGCGCACGUUGCUAAUAGAGAAGCUAACCUUGAAGGAAUUUAGCAAAUGAGUACAAUUGGUUGAUUCCUACUUGCAGUAUGAAGGUUUCCCACUGAAGACGCGCAUUGAAUAAAAACUAAGCUGAUCAAGAAGGUGUGGAUAUCGCCGAAAUCAAGAUGUCCGUAGAGUUAGAUGUGUUUGUAGGUAACACCACCAUCAUGGAUGAGGAGGUUUACCAGCUUUGGCUGGAUGGAUACACAGUGAACGAUGCAGUAAAAGCACGUGUGGAUGCAGGCGUGCUGGAUGAGUGUGAGGCAACUGAAGAUGUUCUCCUCAGCGACACCAUGGAUCAGUACAGGACUUUCCAGAUGUGUGAACGUCUGCUUCAGAGUCCGGCCAAACUGGCAAACCAGCUGCUCUUCCAGAUCACUCCUCACAGACAAGCUAUGCUUAUAGAGAGAUAUUAUGCCUUUGAUGAUCCGUUUGUACGUGAGGUUUUAGGAAAGAAACUCUCUAAAGGAACAAAGAAAGACUUGGAUGAUAUCAGCGCCAAGACCGGCGUGACACUAAAAAGCUGCAGACGACAGUUUGACAACUUCAAGCGUGUUUUCAAAGUUGUUGAAGAGCUAAAGGGACCCCUGGUGGAGAACAUUCGUCAGCAUUUCCUUCUCUCUGACAAGCUUGCAAGGGAUUAUGCUGCCAUUGUUUUCUUUGCCAACAACCGCUUUGAGACGGGGAAAAAAAAGCUGCAGUAUCUCACCUUCCAGGACUUUGCUUUCUGUGCUGGGCAGCUUAUCAACAACUGGACGGUUGGGGCCGUUGACAACAUGGUGGAAGACAUGGACGUGGAUCUCGAUAAAGAGUUUUUACAGGAGCUGAAAGAGCUGAAAAUUUUGAUCACAGACAAAGAUCUGCUGGAUCAACACAAAAGUCUGGUCUGCACAGCUCUUAGAGGAAAAACUAAAGCUUUGCCUGAGAUGGAAGCUAAUUUUAAAAAUCUGUCCAGAGGUCUCGUCAACAUUGCCACAAAGUUAACAAAUACCAAAGAUGUCCGAGAUUUCUUCAUUGAUCUUGUUGAGAAGUUUAUCGAGCCGUGCCGUUCAGACCGAUGGACAUCUGCUGACUUAAAACUCUACCUCACCCAUUACACCAACUCUGCACACAUUCUGGACACGUUCAAACAUCAGGCUGUAUGGGACAGAUACAUGGGCGUGAUCAAAAGCUGCAUCUUCAAAAUGUAUCACGACUAAGGCGUUACCCUGGCAGCCUGCCCUCUCCUCUCUCCACUUUUUUUUCCUUUUGGUUCCCAAUUUGUCUGCCUCAUUACUAAAGCUGUUAUUCUCUCUCUUUAGUUCUGCUUUCUCGUUUCAUUUUGGCUUUUUUUCUUUCCUUGUUGCAUUAUCCCGUCUCCCAAUGUUCAGUUUUUGUAAAGUUGGUUUAUUAAUAAAAUGAAAGUUUUGCCACUGGA